AUGGCAACGGAGUAUUCUGGGACCGACAGACUUGAAGUCUGUGCAGUGGAAGCACAGCCAGAAAUCAUCACCGACCGCAGCAAGCAGAGCAUGACCAAUAGCAACGUUGGUACUCUUGAUCGAAAGCUCAAGUCGAGACACAUCCAGUUCCUUGCGUUAUCUGGCGCCAUCGGUACUGGCCUCUUCGUUGGAAGCGGCCAAGUGCUCUCUUUAGCCGGCCCUCUGUCAGCGUGGAUUGCAUAUACCAUCACAGGCUUCAACCUGUUCUGUGUCAUCAAUUCCCUCGGGGAGAUGGCCACCUAUCUUCCCAUUCCAGGCGCCGUGCCCGUGUAUGCCGCAAUGUUUGUUGACCCUGCUUUGGGGUUUGCGCUUGGAUGGAACUAUUACUACCAACUUGCGAUUGGUGUGCCCAUAGAAACCACUGUUGCAACGAUCAUAAUUGGAUACUGGCCAAAUAGCGUGCCAUCUGGAGUAUGGAUCACGGUUCUUACACUCCCCAUGAUCCUGAUCAAUUGUGCGCCUGUCAAUUUCUAUGGCGAGGCCGAAUUUGUCUUUGGUGCCAUCAAAAUACUAACAAUAAUUGCCCUAAUCCUGCUCAUGCUGAUUAUCGACUUGGGAGGAGCGCCAAGCGGUGAUCGAAUUGGCUUCCGAUACUGGACGAAUCCCGACCCUAUGAAUACCUACCUCGUAGAAGGUGGGCUUGGCAGGUUCCUGACCUUCUUCAAAGUCUUCGUACAGGCUACCUUCGCAUAUGGCGGUAGCGAGAUGUGUGUGAUCGCAGCAGGGGAGGCGCAGGAUCCACGGAGAAACAUUCCCAAGGCAGUUCGAAGAGUAUUCUGGCGCAUCUUAACCUUUUACGUGCUGGCCAUCUUCCUGGUCGGGCUAUGUGUUUCAUCAAAAGAUCCGCAACUUCUCAAUGCGAUCGACACUGGAGCUCCUGGCGCUGCCGCUAGUCCUUUCGUCAUUGCCAUUAUCAAUGGUGGCAUCCCUGCUCUACCGCAUAUCCUGAAUGCAGUAAUAUUGAGUUCCGCCUGGAGUGCCGGAAACGCAUUUUUCUACGCCUCGACAAGAGUGCUAUAUGCGUCUGCCCUGGACGGCAAGGCUCCAAAGGUGUUCACUUUCGAAAAGUUCGACGUGCCAUACGCUUGCGUGGCAGCGACCUCCUUGAUCAGUCUGAUCGCGUACCUCAAUGUCUCCAACGCCAGCGCGGAGGUAUUCUUCUGGUUCUCCAACCUCUCCGCGGUAUCCACCCUGAUCGUAUGGUGUAGUAUCUGCGUCACCUACCUUCGCUUCUACUACGGUCUUGAACAGAAUGGCAUUCCGCGGACAUCCCUACCCUGGAAGGCACCGCUCCAGCCAUUCUUGGCCUACUUUGGAACCUGCUUCUGUACCGUGAUUGCUCUUUUCAACGGAUUCGAUGCCUUCUUCCCCGGCAAAUUUUCCGCCAAGUCGUUUGUACCUCCAUACAUCGAUAUACCAAUCUUUUUGGCACUGGUCUUUGGUUACAAGCUGAUUAAGAAAACUAAACUUGUGCGACUCGACAACAUGGAUCUGUGGAGCGGGAAAGCGGAAAUUGACAGGCAGGUGUGGCCGGUCAGAAUCCCUCGAAAUCUGGUGGAGCGACUGUGGUUUUGGAUAGCGUGA